AUGCGCUACGCCUACGUCUCACUGGCGGCUUUUGUCCUUAGCGCCACCGCUGCGCCCUCUUACCCCCGCCCUGAGACCGCUGCCGCCGAGCCGGCCGGUGACCCAUUCAACACAUUCCCUUUUAUGGCGGGACUUUCUGCCGUAGACGACGACGACGAUGACGAUAGCAUGGGUGGUGGUGUUCCUGCAGCUUACGAGGCCGUGAUGGAUGCCGAGUCAGCAAAGGGCUAUCAAGGCCAGAAGGCUACACCAGCCAAGCAGCCCACUCACGCACCGGUACAGUCUGUUGCCCACAAGGCGCUCCUCAGACCUGAAACCCACUACCAUGUACCAGCCCUGCAUAAGCCUGCUGCCCCAGCGGCUCAGGUGGCUGAAAUGCCCGACGUUCCUGAGACUCACGCGGCUCCAGUAGCUCAAAAUGCUCCAGUGGAUAUGUCAAUUCCCUUUAACCAGCCGGCACCCACCGAAGAGCCCAAGCCUGUUGAGGACCCCAAGCCUGUUGAAGCCCCCAAGCCCACUGAGACACCGAAGCCUGUGGAGAAGGUUAAGCCCGUUGUCAAGCCUACAGAAACACCCAAGCCCACCGAGACACCAAAGCCUGUGGAGAAGCUUAAGCCUGUUACUACCCCCAAGCCUGCUGAGGAGCCUAAGCCUACCGAAAAGCCCCAGCCUGUUGAGACACCAAAGCCCGUUGAGGAGAUUCAGCCUGUUGAGACUCCCAAGUCUACUGAGAAGCCCAAGCCUACUGAGGAGCCAAAGCCUGUCGCAUCUCCCAAGCCCACAGAAAAAGCCAAGCCCAUUGAGACACCAAAGCCUGUCGAGGAGGUUAAGCCAGUUGAGACUCCCAAGCCUACCGAGGAGCCCAAGCCUGUCACAACCCCCAAGCCCACAGAAAAGGCCAAGCCCACAGAGACGCCAAAGCCCGUCGAGGCUCCAAAGCCUACUUCUACAAAGGCCAAGCUCAUUGAAGUCCCCAAGCCUACCGAGAAGGCCAAGCUAUCUGAGACACCGAGCCCUGCAGUCAAGCCAUCGACCUCUGCAACCCCCACGCCAUCUGUUAAGCCACUCCCCACUGUCGAGGAUCUAUCUAUGCCAGAUCUGGCCAUUCCAGAAUUCGACGCAAUGCCUUCCGAGCCUUCAUCCGAACAGUCCAAGGCCACUCCUACUUCAAAGAACGUCCCAGCCCCAACUGAUAACUCUGAUGAUGGCCAAUCCGAGUUCCUGCCCCUUGAGAAUGUGGUUCCUCCGAUGCCACAGCCAGUUGCUCCUUCUCCUACUUCCCACGGUGCUUUCGUGAGACCUACGCCUUUGCACAACAAGCUCGCUAUGCAGACCCCGAAGCCGCUGUCGACCCCCUCCAGCUCCAGCGCCAAGCCCACGCCAACUCACAGUGAAUCUGCUUCGCAAACCCCCAAGGCUGUGUCCCCCAGCUCUUUCAGCUCGAUUGCUAAGCCUUCUUCUAAGGGCCUUGGCGCCUUGGCUAAGCAGGCUGCCGUUGUGUCUACUCCCCUUAUCCCCAGCCACCGUCAUCAUGCCACUGCUUCUAGCUCGGCUACUCCCUCUGGCUCUGCUACGCCUAGCUCUACCCCUUCGGCAAAGCCUGCUACUAAGGCUAAGGCUAAGGCCCUUGGUCCCCUCACUGGCAUGUUGAGCAAGGUGCCCCUUCUUGGUGGUCUUACUGGCGGCCUCGGUGGUCUUGGUCUCCGUCGUUAA